AUGCCGCCUCGGAUAGCUCUGACCACGGCCCGCUCGUUGGCCUUCAGGCCGAAAUCUACGAUCCCGCAGAAGCGAUUUGCUCCCACUCUCCUUGCGCACCCGGUGCGAGCGGCGAGCGACGAUGCCACCAAGAAACCGGCCACCACUCCUACCAGCCCUGACAUCAAGGGCCCGAACAUGGAUCCCUUACCCCAUGUGACAGAAGAGCAAGCGGCGCUGGACAAGACUAUGGGAAAGACGCCGCCGGACCUUGAGCAAGGUACACCUGUGCAGGAGAUCCUCGAACGUGACAAAGACGCCCAAGAGAAAGCACCGGAGGUGCUAAAACAGAGCAUCAACUCCAAGUCCAACACUGGCAGUAGCAUCAACUCCACGUCCACUUCCAACACUGGCAGUGGCAGUAGCACCAGCCCUUCCGGAUCAAGAUCGUUUUCGACCACGACGAGACGGAAUGCCGAGACUGCGGAAUUGGUUCGAUUCCAAGACACAAGAGCAGUGGGGCUCGAGUAUCCAGACGCAGGAUUUGGUCACAAGUUCCCUUUGCCGGAUAUCUCGAAGUUCCCCAAGACAAAUAAUCUCAAGAAGCGCUAUGAUGAGGUGGUGGACCAGGUCACUAGAAGUUUGAUGCGGCAUGGCAAAUUGAGUUUGGCACAGAAGAAUAUGGAUGAAAUCCUCGACAACCUCCGCAAAGCUCCUGUCCCUUCGGCCAGCGCGGGUGGCCAUACGCUGAUCACCAAUCUACCGUACGAGGCCCUCCCUCUCUCGCCAAUUCAAUACUUAACCGCCAUCAUCGACUCGGUGGCGCCUCUGGUGAAAAUCCGUCAACAGAAAGGUAUUCUGGGCGGUGGUGCAUCUAUGCCGGUUCCUGUCCCUCUACAACGGCGUCAACGGCGACGCGCGGCCAUUCAAUGGAUUCUCGCAGGUGCGGAGAACAGACGAGAAACGAAACUUGCCGAGCGAGUGUCGAAGGAACUUAUUGCCAUUGCGGAGGGAAGAGGGUCUGCGUGGGAGCGGCGGCAGAGGGUACACAAGAUGGCGAUGAGUGCCAGAGCGAAUGUCAAGGCUGCGCUGAGUGGGCCUAGGAGAAGGAGAUGA